UGUGCACAUACGUGGACAACAACACUCUGCAGUGAGCAGAGUUUAAACUGGAGGAGCCAUAUCUCAGAAAACUUUAAGAUUUAGGGUCGUUUUAUUCACCCGCAAUUUAACGGCUGACUGGUAAAGUGAUCUGCUCAAGCAUGGACAUAAACAUUGAGGGGAUUAUCCAGUGCAUCAAGCAGGGGGAUGAGAACGGUGUUCAUGUGCAGCUGCAGCAGUUCAACAAAGAGUUUAAGGAGCAUAAAGUGAGGGAGUACGCUGAUUCUGACUCUGACAAUGAGGAGUACAAAGAGGAAAAUCGAGGCCUCCUCCUCCGACAGAAUUUAUCUGUCGUUCUUGCGAGGUUCAUAAAAACAGGAGUCAAGCGUCACCUGUUGAGAGUAUCUCUGCGCUCCCUGAGGAUCCUGAGCAGAGACAAAAAGAUCCUGGGCCACUUGGUGACUGACAGCACUCUCCUGACGUUGGCCAAACUAGCCGGGUUGACCACCAGUGAUGCUGGCAGCGAAGCCACUGACCCAGACUUUGAUUUCUAUGAUGACGUCAUUGCUUCGCUUGCAAAGGCCAAAGUGCUGCAGAGUCUCAGAGCAGAGGAUGAGGGUGAAGCCAACGUCGCUGAACAAAAUGAGGAGUGUCCUCUUGUUGAUGAGGAUUUAAAAAGUGGCACGAGCAUCGUCAACUGUGGAGACAGCAUCCAUGAAAUGCACAGAGGUGGGACCCAUCAGAAGGUGCUGGAGCGAGGGAGGAAGGACCGCAGGGAGAGCAAGAUGGACGGAGAGGAAGAGGAGGAUGAGGAAGGGGAGUUAGGAGAAGAGGCACUGAGGAAAGAGGCCAUGAAGGUGUUGUGUAAUGUGGUGUACAACAGCAGCUGGGCGCAGGAGAGGUUCAGCUCACUCAGACUUCUGAGUGGACUCAUCCAGCUUCUCUCCUCCGGUGUCAGCUGUUCGCCUCCUUCCAGUGUUCAAUUUUACGAGCUUCGCCUCAUGUUCCUCAUCACCGCACUGCGUCCGGAGCUCAGCGCUCAGCUUCGGCAGGAGGGAGGGGUGCCCAUCCUCACCGCCAUCUUGGAGAGCAGCCUGGAUGUUCAGUGGAAGGAGCAGUACGAAUGUGUGCUGGACCUCGCCGCACCCCCCGUCUCUCUGGAAGCCUCUCAACGCAUCACAGAGAUCCUCAAAAUCCUCUUCACUAUCACUUACAGCACCCACAAGCAGGAGCCGAGUGAAGAUGAUGCAACGCUUUACAGACACCUGGCAGCGAUUCUCCGUCUCUGCCUUAUGAGGAGGUGUAUGCUCCCAGAGGACACUGACGAGCUACAGGGCCACACGGUCAACCUGCUGUCAGCGCUGCCCCUCCAGUGUCUUGACGUGCUGCUGACCGUCCCUCUGCAGCCAGACUCCAAACAAAGUCUGGGAGUCAACAUGGACUGUGUGCAUGUCAUGCUGACGUUCAUGGAGAGGCGCCUGGAGUCGGGAGAAAAAGUCAAGGAGAAACUGACUCCAAUCCUGAAUUUGCUGAUCGAGAGCUGCAGGGCUCACAGAGAAACACGCCUGUACAUCAGGAAACAUAUCCUUCCUCCUCUGAGAGAUGUAUCACAAAGGCCAGAGGAUGGCACCACGGUGAGGAGCCGCCUGGUUCGCCUCAUGACUCAUCUGGACACAGACCUCAAACACUGCGCUGCCGACCUCCUCUUUGUCCUCUGCAAGGAAAAUGUGAGGCGUUUUGUCAAGUACACCGGCUACGGUAAUGCAGCGGGUCUGCUGGCCACCAGGGGCCUGCUGGGAGGUCAGAGGGUCAGGAGCUCCAGCACCGACGCUCAGUACUCCAGCGACUCAGAUUCAGACACAGAGGAGUACCGGCAGGUGAAAGACCGCAUCAACCCUGUGACGGGGCGGGUGGAGGCCGAGCAGCCAGACCCCAUGGAGGGCAUGACGGAGGAGGAGAAGGAGGAGGAGGCCAAGAGGCUCAUCAUGCUCUUCAACAAGCUGUCCAGAGAGAACAUCAUCCAGCCCAUGGGGGUGGAUGAAGAAGGGAAGCUCGUCCCAAUGAGAGGUCUGGAGGAAAACCUCCUCGCUGAAGAAGCAAAGUCUGAGCUGGAGAACGAAGCGGAGUCAGACAAAGAAGACAAGGACUGAAAAAUGUUGAACUCAUUCACUUUAUUGAUUUUGCUUUGUAAACACUGAAUUUUAUGAGUUUGUUAGCGCAUGAAAUUCUAAAAUGAAACAAUAUUUAGUCAAACAAACAUUCUGACAGAAACUAAAUGUUUUAUAGAAAAUGAAAACUUUAACUCUCUUAUAUUCAGAAAAUAAAAAUGUACCGCAGCUUUAUCUCUGGUCUGACAGGAAAUAAAAUUAUCGUUUUAGUUCUGGAGAAGGAAUCAAAUUUAUCACGAGCAUAAUUAGAAAGUCGGAACA